AUGGAUAUAGACAACUGUUCUUCGCAGCCAGAAUUCUUUCUCUUGGGAAUUACCAGUAAGCAUGGCAUGAAAGUGCUUUUAUUCACAGUGUUUCUGGUUGUUUAUGUCACUAUCCUGCUGGAAAAUGUAGGAAUGAUCACACUGAUCAGGAUGGAUCCCCAGCUUCACACACCAAUGUACUUCUUCCUCAGCCACCUUGCCUUCUCUGACCUCUGCUAUUCCACUGCAGUUGGACCUAGGAUGCUGGUGGACCUACUUUCAGAGAAAUAUUCAAUUCCCUUUAUUGACUGUUUUCUUCAGCUCUUGUUUGUCUGUAUCUUUGUAGAUGUUGAAUGCAUGCUGCUGGCAGUGAUGGCCUUUGAUAGAUACAAGGCCAUUAGCAAGCCCCUGCUGUAUGCUGUGGACAUGUCUAGUAAGGUUUGCUACCAAUUCUUAACUUUAGUUUACCUAGCAAGUACUGUAGAUGGUUUGAUACAUACCACAUUGGCAUUCAGUUUAUGUUUUUGUGGCUCUACUCAGAUUAAUCAUUUCUUCUGUGAUUUACCACCACUCUACCUCCUUUCCUGUUCUGACACGCAAGCUAAUGAGCUGGUUGUUUUCACCCUUUUUGGUUUCAUUUUGUUGAGCACCAUCUCAGGAGUCCUAGUCUCCUACUGUUACAUCAUCUCAUCUGUAUUAAAGAUCAGCUCUGCUGGGGGGCGCUUCAAAGCUUUCUCCACCUGUGCCUCCCACCUGACUGCAGUUGGGAUUUUUCAGGGGACCAUGCUCUUCAUGUAUUUCAGACCUAGUUCUGCCUACUCACUAGACCAAGACAAAAUGACAUCAGUUUUUUACCUCCUCAUCAUCCCCAUGAUAAACCCUCUGAUUUACAGCCUAAGGAACAAGGAUGUGAAAGAUGCCAUGGUCAGGCUCAGAAAUAAAUGGUGGCUUUAA